UUUUUUUCUUUAUUCUUCCCUUCCACUUUUCCCUCUAUGACAACGACGAUCCAAUCAAAUACCUACAUGGCCUUGGAACAUAACCAAUCCACUGCUGCGACUAAACAACCCAUUGUACAACUCAAGAAAGAUUCUCGUUCUUAUGUUCACUUUAUCGCAGGAGGUGUGGGAGGGUUAGUAGGUGCUGUUUGUACUUCUCCUUUGGACGUUGUGAAGACUCGAUUACAAGUAAGUUUAAAAAAAAGAAUAGUUUUGACAGCCGCCACUUGAUCAUUGACAUAUUUCUUCAUUCAGUCUACAUUUUAUCAACAAAUGCCAAAAGCCACUAGUGUACAUACCAAUCUUUUAUGGGGUCACUUUGUAGAAACUGGACGAUUGUUAAUCAGAAUCAAACAAGUGGAAGGUUUACGAGGUUAUUUCAAAGGACUUGGACCUAACUUGGUAGGAGUGAUUCCAGCAAGAUCUAUCAAUUUUUAUACCUACGGCAAUGGUAAAAAGCUAUAUACAGAACUCAACAAUGGCAAAGAAACUCCUAUUGUACACUUAUUAUCAGCAGCAACAGCAGGUUUAGUGACUUCAACAGCAACUAAUCCUAUUUGGGUAGUAAAAACAAGAUUACAACUUCAAGGACAAAAUCGACGAUAUAAAAACAGCUUGGAUUGUGUCUUGCAUAUAAUACGUGAAGAAGGUGUUCGUGGAUUAUAUAAAGGCAUGAGUGCUUCUUAUUUAGGCGUUGCGGAAGGUACAAUUCAAUGGGUUACUUAUGAACAUUUGAAACGGAAAUGGGCUACACCAAAGAAUUUAUCAACAAAUACUAUUGGAGGAAAAAGUGCACAAGAAUGGAUGGGAAAUCUUGGUGCAGCAGCAAUUUCGAAAUUUGUAGCAGCAUGUAUAUCAUAUCCUCAUGAAGUGGUACGUACUCGAUUAAGACAACCUGCGGAAAAUGGUGUGAUCAAAUAUACCGGAUUAUGGCAAUGCUUCAAAUUAGUAUGGAAAGAAGAAGGAUUUGUAGCUCUUUAUGGUGGUAUGUCUGCUCAUCUUAUGCGUGUGGUACCAAAUGCUGCUAUCAUGUUUUUCUGUUACGAAGCCAUUAUUCAUAAUUUUGGAAAAUCAUGAUUUGAUUGUUCUAUUCUUCAUUUACAUCAUUUAUCCCCCUUUUUUUUUUCUCCUCCAGCAUCCAUCAACGAUUUUAUAUAGCUUUACAUAGAUAUCACCUUUUUAUUAUAUAUAUAUACAGUCAUUAUCAUCGCCUUUUGUAUACAGCCCUUUCAUUGCUCUAUUUUACUUUUUAUUAUUCAUUAUUCAUUACCACUAUUAUUAUUAUUUUUUUUAUCAUUCACUCAAUAAACCCUCUUUUCUUUUGAAAUGUAUUUGUUUUCAUGUUCCUUUGACUUCAGUUCAAU